AUGAUGAAAAAUAUUCAUUGCAUACAAACAUCACUAAUCAACUGUAUACUUGAUUUUCUUCGCACAUCACGUUCGCUUGAUUUAACUCAAAUAUCGGCAUCAGAUAUUCGUUUAAUCAUAAUUCAAAAAAAUCAAUUGAUGAGAAAUUAUAAUAUUAAACUACAUGGUAUUCAAGUUUCACUCGAAUACGAAUGCGAUGCGAUGCGAUGCGAUGCGACACUCGAAUCGGAUCUUCACGAAAAAUCUUCAAUUCAGAGAAAUCUCGAAUACUUCUUAUGUCGACAUGAUGAAAUUCAUCACUGA